GUGGCCGGCCGCCUCCCCUCGCCUCCCCCCUGCUUGGACCCCGGCCAGCGCCUCCGGGACCGUCCCGGGCAAGUGCGCACUUGCGGACUUGGCGCGUCGUCCGUGCGGGCAGGGCAGGGCAGGGCGGGCGGGCUCCUGGCCAGGCCAGGGGGCCGGGGACUCAGAGUUUCCACCCUCCCCUCUUCCCCCGGAGCCGGGAGGGGCGGGUGGGGCGUGUCUGGCCGGACUCAAGGCCCAGCACCAUGGACGUGUGGGGCAUCCUGGGGCUCACGGCUCUGUGCCUUCUGCUGCGCGUUCGAGGUCAAGGAGACUUUGACCUCGCAGACGCCCUCGAUGACCAUGACUCGGACCCCACCAAGAAGCCCAGCUCAGGCCUGUACCCCAACCUGCCCAAGCCGCAGCCCGACCGGCCGGACACCAGCGGGAACAUCUACCCCCCGCCCCGGCCGGCCCCCGCGCGCCCGCAGCCCGGAGGCUCUGACGGAGGCGGUUACCAUAAUGACGCCCGUGACGACGGCCGCUACCCGCCCAGGCCCAGGCCCCCGGCAGCGGGCGGCUUUGGCGGUGGCGGCGGCGGGAGCCACAACCCCGGGUACGACGGCUACGGGAACACGCACGGAGGCGGGCGCCACAGACCCAACCCGCACGGCAGCAGCUACGGGAACGGAUACUCCACCUACGGCGACCAGCACGGCGGCAACACGGUGGCCAAGGUCGUGUCUCCGAUCGUCUCCAUGGUGGUGGUGACGCUGGUGGGAGCCGCCGUCGGCUACUACAACAGGAGGGGAAACUGCUGCCGCAGGAACCACGCCCCCGAGACCGUCUGAGCUCCGCAGAGCCCGGGGGGGGCCGCCCACCCGGACCCCUCCCACCCGCCUCCCUCGCCUGCCGUCUCCUCCCCGUCCACCCCCGGGCAAGACGGGCGCCCACGGGACAGACGGACACAGGCAGAGCCUGGAAGAGUUUGGCUGCCCAGCACCUGCUGCGUGUGCCCCAGGACCCUGGACGCUGCUUCCGACAGGCAGAGACGCAGGAUUGGAAACCGGAGCGGUUCCGCGGGGGAUGGAUGGGGCAUUGCCUGCCUGUCUGUCUGUCUGUCUGUCUGUCUGUCUGU